GGGCAAUGUCUAAAAUACAAGAAAAGGAAUACGUGAAAAAUAAAAAAAAAAUAAAAAAAAAUGAUGGUCAGCUUUAAAAUUAUCCCUCUUAUGUUAGUUGUUGCAAUAUCAUGUUUAGUUGGAAUCUCAAAGAGUCAAAGCACAGUACCAGUUGUGAAUGGUCUCUCAUACUCAUAUUACUCAAGAAGUUGUCCAGAUUUGGAUUUCAUUAUUAGAGAUCAUCUUUUUGAUGUUUUUGAGCGAGAUAUAACCCAAGCUGCUGGAUUGCUCCGUCUUCAUUUCCAUGAUUGCUUCGUUAAGGGAUGUGAUGGUUCUGUAUUGUUGGUUGGAUCAUCCAGUACCCCAAGUGAAAAGGAUGCACCUCCAAAUUUGACGCUAAGACAUGAGGCAUUUAAGAUUAUAAAUGAUCUUCGUGCCCAUGUACAUUACCAUUGUGGCCGAGUUGUGUCAUGUGCUGAUAUCGCUACCCUUGCUGCUCGUGAGUCUGUUUAUCAGUCAGGUGGACCAUUCUACCAUGUUCCCUUAGGAAGAAGGGAUGGCCUAAGCUUUGCUACACAAAGCGAAACCUUAGCUAAUCUACCACCUCCCUUUUUCAACACUACACAACUUCUCAACGCCUUUGCUACCAAAAACUUAAACGCCACGGAUCUUGUGGCCCUCUCGGGUGGCCACACCAUCGGAAUCAGUCAUUGUACCUCCUUCACCAAUAGACUUUAUCCUACUCAAGACCCUAGUAUGGACCAAACCUUGGCCAACAACCUUAAGCUCACUUGCCCUACUGCAACCACUAAUAGCACUACUAAUUUGGACCUUCGUACCCCCAAUGUUUUCGACAACAAGUAUUUUGUCGACCUUAUGAAUCAUCAAGGCUUGUUCACCUCCGAUCAGACUUUAUAUACCGAUUCAAGAACUAAGGCUAUUGUCACAAGCUUUGCUACAAACCAGAACUUAUUCUUUGAAAAGUUCAUAGAUGCAAUGGUAAAAAUGAGCCAGCUAAGUGUAUUGACCGGGACACAAGGGGAGAUUCGCACAAACUGCUCUGCAAGGAAUGUCAUCCGCCAUGUCAAUCUCAAAUCUGUGGCUCAAGUGGAUCAUGAAAAAGAAAGAUUAUCACAAUAUUAAUUAAGGAGCUUCAAGCAAGUACAUCGAAUAAAAUUGUAACAAUAUAUUGUUAGUAUGUUACUAUGUUAUGUAAUGAAUAAAUAAUAUGACCUUUGAUCAUUCAAUGAAUUCCACGGUUCAAUUCAA